AUGGGGUAUUUAAGACGCGGGUCUACUAAGCAUCAUGUUCGAGAGUGUCCGCUGAGGGCCGAUCAGGUGCAAGCUGUAGGUUCUGGUACUGCACAGCCACUGGGGGUAGUUCAGAAAUCGCCUAGGGGCCGUGGUCAGGCUAGGGGUGGUAAUGAGGUUCAAGAGACGGUAUUUCUGGCUGAUUUGAUGGAGCUUCCGUUUGGGGAGUUCGAUAUGAUAUUGAGGAUGGACUGGUUGGUCAAACACCGUGUCUGUUUGGACUAUGCGACUAAGAGGGUUGUAUUGAGAAUUGAAGGGGGUAAUGAAGUAGUUGUGAUUGGGGAAUGUCAGAAUUACUUGGCUAACGUGAUCUCUAUACUGGUAGCUGAAAAAAUGGUUUGCAAAGGAUGUGAGGCGUAUUUGGCCUACGUAAUUGUUUUUGCUUCUCGGGACUCUACUGUUAAGGACAUCAGAAUUGUGAGAGAUUUUCUGGACGUCUUUGCUGAGGAGCUACCGGGUUUACCUCCAAAUCGAGAAGUGGAGUUUGGGAUUGAGCUUCUCCCUGGUACAGCUCUGGUGUCUAUCGCUCCCUAUCGAAUGGCACCGAAGGAGCUUACGGAGCUCAAGUUGAGGGUUAAGGAGGUUGAUGUGCAUAAGACGACAUUUAAAACUCGUUAUAGUCACUACGAGUUCCUAGUGAUGCCAUUUGGACUGACUAAUGCACCAACAGCUUUCAUGUAUUUGAUGAACCGAGUGUUUCAGCAGUACCUGGAUCGGUUUGUAGUAGUGUUCAUCGAUAGCAUAUUGGUUUAUUCAAGGACUGAAGAUGAGCAUGAUGAGCACCUGAGGAUUGUUCUUCAAAUUUUGAGGGAAAAGCAGCUCUAUGCUAAGUUCAGCAAGUGUGAGUACUGGUUACGUACAGAAACAUUUCUAGGUCAUGUGGUGUCUGUUGAGGGUAUUCGAGUCGAUCCUCAAAAAAUUAAGGCUGUUUUGGACUGGAAGCAGCCUAAGAAUGUGUCUGAAAUUCGCAGCUUUUUGGGGCUGGCAGGUUAUUACCAACGGUUUGUGGAAGGAUUUUCACUGAUCGCAGCACCCUUGACUAAGCUGUUACAUAAAAGUAUACCGUUUGACUGGACUAAUGCGCAACAAGAGAGCUUUGAGAAGCUUAAGACUGUACUGACUGAGGCUCCUAUUUUGGUACAGCCUCAACAUGGAAAGGAGUUCAUAGUUUAUAGUGAUGCAUCACAUUACGACCCCGGCAAGGCUAAUGUGGUGGCGAAUGAGUUGAGCCGUACGGUUAUGACCGAUCUGAGAGCGAUGUUUGCUCGUCUUAGCCUAUUUGACGAUGAAAGUCUGUUGGCAGAACUUCAAGUCAAACCGACAUGGAUUGAAUAG